AGGUGUACAAAUUUAUUUAAUUAAUUAAAUUGUUAAUGUAAUUACCAGCAAAGGUAAACAAAAUUGAUUAAUUUAUUAACUAAACAAAGUAGUAGUUGACCUCAUCUAAUGAAGAAUAAAUCUGGGAAUACAUUUCAUGUCAACCUAUUUUUUAUUAGCCGGCAAAGACAUGGUAAUCACUAUCUUAGCAAUGAAAAUAUAUGACAUGCACGUUCUUGUUUAUAUAUUCAUUGCAUACAUACUCUUAUUUGUCUUGCAUUUAUUCAAAUUUCAAUCAAUCAUCCUUUAUGAGUUUUAUUUCAUAUACGAAUUACAAAAUAUAACAUACUCAAAAUAUGCAUCCUUCACCUUCUUCUGUAAUGGGCACAUCCUCUAAAGGCGAUAGUGCUCGGUACUCUAAUGGCAGCAACUUCAGUGAUGAUGAGGCCGGUAUUUUUAUGACUAUUGAUAAUGAGAAGGGAGCUGAGUUCUUUGCUAUUGAGCCCCCCAGAGCUGUCCUUACAAGGGAUAGCUCGGAAAGGGAGAAACAGAUCUCGGUUGACCCUAUUUCAUUGCAAGGGUCAAACACUAUUAGGCAAGCCAGCUUUCGACUGGUUUCUCCUCCUACUAAUCAGAAUUUGGGCCCUAAUGCUCCACCGUCUCCUUCACCACCACCAAAGCUCAAGUUUGUGAGCUCGAGUCUUCCAGGCUCCAACUCUUCUUCCCCAGAAAGUUUAUAUAAGAAGUAUCAAAAGAAUCAUAGCCAACAGGCUGCUGCUGCUCCUCGAAAUAAUCUCUCGAGAAUGCAGUCUGUGAUGGAUGAUACGCACCUUGCUAUGGUGGAGGCUAACACGCGGAAGAGCAAGUCUCUUGGUGAAGGGAGAACAAGCGGUCCUGUAGAUGAUUUUGAUCUCUGGCUUGAGAAAUCAAGCCACAACUCGGGAAAAGAUCAGAGCAGUAGUGGUAAUAAUAAUAACAAUAAUAAUAGUAAUAAACACAGUGGCUUUUCCAAGCCACCACUUGGACCUGGCAAUGUAGAUCGCCAUAGCAGUACGAUGAAGAAGAGCAAAAGUAGAGACCCAAAUUUUUCGGAGGAAAAAUUUAAAUGCGGGAAGUUGUGCCUUUUCCUUCCUAGAGGGAAGGGCAAAACUGUAAGAUCCAUAUCAACGGCAUCAACAAUGACACAAGCAUCGUGCAAGAGUGAACCAAUGGCAAUAUCGAGGAGAGUCUCAUUGGAGAAGUUUGAGUGUGGGUCUUGGGCCUCAUCCUUAGAGAAUGAGGAGGGAGAAUCUGCGAACCUCUUCUUUGAUUUGCCAAUGGAGCUGCUAAGGUGUAGCGUGAGCGACAUGCAGUCCCCAGUGACAGCUGCCUUCGUGUUUGAUAAUGAUGACGACAAUGACACCAAGGAAGACGACAAAGACAAUAACAAAGAUGCCCAGAUGGCCUUCCAUGCCUUCCUAGAAGCACAAAGUUAAGACUUUUGUAGUUUUGUUUUGGUUUAUAGUUCUGUGUUUUAGUAGCCCUCUUUUACUUGUAAGUCUGCAGAUGCUUUUGUAUAUUUCAGAAUAGGCAUCUGAAUUGACAAUAUAGUUAUGUAUUAUGUAUGAGAUCAAGUAUGUAGCACUUGCUAAACAUUUCCUUAAGUUUAAGUCUAAGGUUCAGAGCUUCUGCCUUCAUCCUGUUACAAACAGGUGUAUAAUCUAGGUCUCUGACGCAGGCCUCAAGUUUGAACAGUUCAAAUUUAUAAGCCUAAAUUUCGCCGUCUCAUGAAGUAAACCAUAAGAUGUGCAAAUCGCUCUCCAUCCUAAA